UCUUCGGGAGGAGGUCAGCAGUCUAACCCAAGAAAAUUCGAUCAAGCGAGAGGAUCCCUGCCUUACCCAAAGACCGAGAGCUAUCAACGUGGAGAUCAGCAGCCUACGUCAAUCGCUUGCCCGAGCACAAGCAACCCUCAAAGAAAAGCAGGUCCUGAAGACGCAGUCGAAAAUCUCGUACGAAAGAAGAGCAAGGCGAAAAACAUAAGCUAUGCUCAUCGUGAAUCUGUCCUAAAUUCAUGGAUUCAAGAUCCUUCCUCGGCGAUAGGUGGAAUCAAUAAUACAGCCUACGAAGAAGACACCCAGGCCGAUAUCCAGGCUAUCGUUGCCAAAGAAGAGAUCGACCCGGAGACUGCUGAACGAUGGAAGGUAGUUUUUCUCGAUCGGUACGGUCUCCGAUGGAGGGUUGACUGUGGGAAAGGAAAUGAACUAAAGUUUGUUCAUGUUGAGGUGAUCCGCUUGGCUCAAGUUCUUCAUGGCUGGGGUGAAACACACGAAGAUACUUGA